AUGACUCAACAACAACCAGCCGAGGGAGACCAUGUUCUCCAAACACCACUAUGGAUUGUUAUUAUCCGCGCCUUUCAGUUCCUCGUCUCUCUCAUCAUUGUCGGUCUCUGUGGCUGGAUGAUUCAUGAUGCCGGACUCCCAGAAAACUCCCUCUGCAUCGCUAUUGCAGUCCUCACCUGGAUAAUAGUCCUCUACGCGCUAUUGACAGAAAAGAUCCCUUCUCUCCGAAGCUUAUACCACAUCAUCGCCGUCCUCUGCCUCGAUGCACUGAUGCUCAUUCUCUGGCUCGCCGCAUGGGCUGCUACCGCUUCUCGCCGAGCCAAGUAUGUUGUGCCCGUCAACGUUGGUAACUGCUACGAUGAUGGCAGUCUUACGGAUAGUAAGAACUGCAGUGUCUUUUACAAGCGUGAUGGAGAGAAUGUCAUUCUUUUCAAGACUGGUUUGGCUAUCUUGGCUGCUAUUGCUGGUCUGGGAGCCGUGGUCUGGGUUCUGUUUAUUGUCACUUUCGUUUGGAGUCUCGUUAUGUUCCUUCGAGGACGUAAGCAAGGUCGUUUCGCUGUUGAUCUCUCUGGUUCGACAAACAACUACCAAAUGGAGCCCAAGACUGAAGCCCAGGUUAAUGUUCAGCCUCAGCCUGUACCAGCUGCACCUCAGUACCAGCAGCAGCAACAACCUGCUCCUGGCCAGUUCCAACAGCAGCAGCAAUAUCCUCCUCAACAACAACAACAGCAGUACCCUCCCCAGCAACAACAGCAAUACCCCCCUCAAACGACUCCCUCUCCAUACCAACCUGCCCAGAGCCCAUACCAACAACAAGGCGCUUACCCUCCUCCUCCCGCAUCGCCUUAUGAUCCUCAACAGGGCCAGCAGUUCCAGGGUCAGCAGAAUUAUGCACAGUAUCCUCCCCAGCAAUACCAUGAAGUCCCUGGUACUACAUCGUCGCCACCUCCCCAGCAGCAGCCAUAUCCUGCUCAGCAGUAA